GUGAUACGCAAAGCCUUAACUUGUAUCGAUGAUGGCUAACAAAGUCGUAAGUAACUUUAGCGAAGCGUUGUUGCCUAGAGCCUGCUCUCUGCUAGUAGCAUCGGUACCCCUAUUAAUACCGGGUGUCAUUGUAGCGCUUUUGCCAGAAUGCCAUCGUCGCGUGUUACGCCUGAGGACGGCGCCGAGGGAGCCGCUGUGCUCAACAUCGGCCCAGCCAAGUAUAGCAAUGCACAGCUUGCAACCCUAACUUGGGAUAAGCUAAAUGUUACUACGAAGGAUGUGAAGGGAGGUACUCGCCAUAUCCUGAAGGAUGUCCGGGGCUACGUUGCUCCCAGGGACAUGCUUGCAAUUAUGGGUCCAUCGGGAUGUGGCAAGAGUACGCUUCUGGAUGGCUUAGCAGGUCGCCUGCCUGCCUCCGUUGAGCAGACUGGCGAGGUGCUUCUCAACGGCCACAAGAGCAUCCUCACGUUCGGCAGGACGGGAUAUGUGACGCAAGAUGAGGUACUGGUGGGCACGCUCACGGUGCGGGAGACGCUCACCUACGCGGCGCUGCUGCGGCUGCCGCGGAAGAUGGCGUAUGCGGAUAAGCUCGCGCGUGUAGACGACAUCAUCAAUGAGUUGGGACUGGAGGAGGCGCAACACACCAAGAUUGGCACACCCUUCAUAAAGGGUAUCAGCGGCGGUCAGAAGCGGCGUGUGGCUAUCGGCUGCGAGCUGAUCACGCACCCGGGGCUGCUGUUCCUGGAUGAGCCCACCUCGGGUCUUGACGCCGCUUCCGCCUUCUAUGUGAUGGCCAACAUCCGCACCCUGGCGGAGCACAACCGCACCGUUGUCACCGUCAUCCACCAGCCCUCAUCCGAGGUCUACGAGCUCUUCGACAAGCUGUGCCUGCUGUCAGCCGGUGAGGUGGUGUACUUUGGUCCGGCACCGGAUGCGCUCAAGAUGUUCGAGGACGCGGGGCUGCCCUGUCCGCCGCUGCGCAACCCCACCGACCACUUCCUGCACGUUAUCAACCGGGAUUUCAAGAGCGACCACGGCCCGGACCCUGAGGCCAAUAUCCGCAAGCUCAUCGACGUGUACAACAAUCGGCACGGCCCGCGUGUGGAGCAGGCGCUGCGAGAGCUGAGCAAGCCCGGCGAGGAGUACCGCUGCUCCGCCUGCAACGCCAACCCGCUCUACCAGGCGCUGGUGCUCACCCGCCGCAUGCUGACCAACAACUGGCGCAACAUUGCGGUGUUCUGGCUGAGGCUGGGCAUGUACAUCAUGCUGUGCAUCUGCAUUGGCACCAUCUACUACCACCUGGAUGCCAGCUGGGUGGGCACCUACAGCCGCGCCUCCAUGGUGUUCUUUGUGGUGGCCUUCCUCACCUUCAUGAGCAUCGCCGGCUUCCCCGCCUUCGUGGAGGACAUGGCGGUCUUCAUCCGCGAGCGCCUCAACGGCUACUACUCGGUGGCCACCUUUGCCAUCGCCAACACGCUGGCCUCCACGCCCUUCAUUUUUGGCAUUGCGGUGCUGUCCUCCGCGGUGGUGUACUGGCUCGUAGACCUGAACGACAGCGGCGACCGCUUCGUGUACUUCUUCGUCAACCUGUUUGUGAGCCUGACGGUGGUGGAGAGCAUGAUGAUGGCAAUCGCGGCGGUGGUGCCACACUACCUCAUGGGCAUUGCGGGCGGUGCGGGCAUCCUGGGCAUGUUCAUGCUGGUGUGCGGCUUCUUCCAGCCGGUGGGCGAGCUGCCGCAGCCCGUGUGGCGCUACCCGCUGCACUACAUGUCCUUCCACAGCUACGCCUUUGCUGGCUUCAUGCACAAUGAGUUUGGUGGCACCGACGGCUGGCUGUGCCCCUGCUAUGACCAAGCUGCGGGCUGCGGGCCGACAUACGAUGAGGACAACCUUUGCACGCUGAGCGGACAGGAGAUCCUGGACUACUGGACGGUCAACGGCCUCAACAAGUGGGUUGACGUGGCCAUCCAGUGCGCCAUGGUUGGCAUCUACCGCUUCCUGUUCUGGUUGGCGCUGGCGGCAAAGGAGUGGAUGCGCCACAAGUAGAUGAAGAGGCAAGUCAGGAGGUGUCCGGGUGAGCGGAGGGUGGGAACAAGGAGGUGUCAGGAUUGAUCUGAGGGAUUGUUUUGAAGGAGGCCGUUCCAACGUGGCUUUAUGUUGACACCAGGUAUCAUGUCGACAUCGCACCGCAAGGCCUCACUGUGCUCAUGUUGCUGGUCUAUCCGACCUUAUUGGUGGUUUGACGUUGCUCGCUAAAUGUCUGGUGCGCCGUAAUGGGAUUUCGCCGUGUGGCGAGGUGAGUCGAGGAGGACGCUGGCACCAACCAAGGCAUAAGCAUUGUCAAGUGUAUAGAGGUUUGGCAGGUUCUCCUACAUUUGCUUGAAUACGUGCACACGAUUGGGUCGAAGCGCCGAGGUAUGGGUCGUCUCUUGUGGCGAGGCGGUAUCUUGUCCACAGUUUACCGGUUUUCAGGCAACAAAACUGGCGUCGUCUGUACAUAGGGAAGCAGCUCCUUUGGUCCUGGUUACGACUGGGUAGGGCCGUGUGAAAGGGGUUUAGCUGGUGUCUAUCGUGAUUGUUAUUCCUCCACUUGUCCUGGCAUUCUCGGCUUUACUUCGUACUCGAAAGGCAUGAAAUGCGCAUGUAUCGCAGCUAUAUAUCCAUCAAUUCCUACCUGGACCCCGAUCGCAUUAAUAUGUUGACACGUUAGUCACUGUCCAAUCGGGGAACAGUAGUGACUGGGGGCCCGCUGUACGACGGCACGUUUGUUCGGAAUAGCACGUGACUCCACUUUUACACAUUUGCCUGUUCAAACUUUGGCAACGGCUAAUCCACAACUUCCCUGUCGUCAUUCUUUUGACAAGGUUAAACUGCAGUUUGCAGGUGUUGGUGUGGAUAUGGAUGGGCGGCGGUUGUCGGCGGUUGGUCCAUGUUUGCGAGUCAGGUCCGGCAUCGCAACGCGUUUCGUUGGCUGUGCUCACCCCUCCUGGCACGCCGGUAGUUAGGACUGUCUGGGUAAAGAGACGUGGUUACUGUAAUUUGGACUUGAGUCGAGGCGUGCGGAGGCAGGGGCGUAACAGCUUGCAAUGGGCUGCUACUUUACAGCCCCUUGCUACCGCAUGCGCUGCAGAGCCAUGCCGUAUGUUGCCGUACAUGUUACCAUACACGCCUUAA